CAGAGUUGGAGAUGCAAAACAAAACUUACAUAACGUUCACGUGGAUUGCAGAAACUGACAGGCAACAGUAUUAAACAUCAAUGGCCAAGCACCAACGAUCUCUUCACUGGUUCCGUAAAGGCCUCCGUCUCCAUGACAACCCGUCCCUCCUUGCUGCCGUGAAAGGCAGCAAAGAGUUCCGAGCCGUCUUCAUUCUGGACCCAUUCUUCGUAAAAUCCAGCAACAUUGGGAUCAACAGAUGGCGCUUUUUGAUGGAGUCGUUGCGAGAUCUUGAUGACGGCCUUAAACAACUUGGAAGCAGGCUGUAUGUUCUAAGAGGACAACCCAGUGAGGUCUUCCCAAAGCUCUUCACCCAAUGGAAGGUGACCAGAUUAACCUUUGAGAGUGACACCGAGCCCUAUGCAGUAAAGAGAGAUGACCUCGUCAAGACAAUCGCAGAGGAACACGGCGUGGAGAUCAUCCAGAAAAUGUCUCAUACUCUGUACCACCCGCAGAGUGUAAUUAAAGCGAAUGGAGGGACGCCACCUCUGACCUAUCAACGGCUUCUUACAGUCUUAUCAAAGAUGACUCUGCCUAAACAGCCUGAACCAGCUCUUAGUAAAGAGUGCAUCGGUGGUUGUGCUUUGCCAGUCGGUUCUGAUCACGAGUCUGAAUUUGGAUUGCCUAGUUUAGAGGAACUGGGCUUGGACCCAAGUAACGCAGGGCCACACCUUUUCCCAGGCGGGGAAACAGAGGGAUUGAGAAGAAUGAAAGAACAGCUAGCAAGACAGGAUUGGGUGUGUAAGUUUGAGAAGCCAAAGACCGAACCCAACACCUUAAAGCCUAGUACUACUGUACUGAGUCCUUACCUCAAGUUUGGCUGUGUGUCUGCAAGAGCUUUCUAUCACGGCGUUCAAGAUGUCUACACUCGUAAGAAGACACACAGCAAGCCCCCAGUGUCCCUCCACGGACAGCUCCUAUGGAGAGAGUUCUACUACAUCGCAGCGGCAGGGACACCCAACUUUGAUAAGAUGGAAGGUAAUUCAGUCUGUCUUCAGGUACCAUGGGAUACGAAUGAAGAGUUACUUCAAGCUUGGAAACAGGGUCGUACCGGGUAUCCAUUCAUCGAUGCCAUCAUGAUUCAGCUCAAGCAGGAGGGAUGGAUCCACCAUCUAGCUCGUCACGCUGUCGCUUGCUUCCUGACCAGGGGAGACCUAUGGAUCAGCUGGGAGGAGGGGCAAAAGGUGUUUGAUAAGUGGUUGUUGGAUGCUGACUGGAGUCUGAAUGCAGGAAACUGGAUGUGGUUGUCGGCCAGUGCGUUCUUCCAUCAGUAUUUCAGAGUCUACAGCCCCAUCGCCUUCGGGAAGAAAACAGAUAAGAAUGGAGAUUACAUCAGAAAAUAUCUUCCAGUUCUGAAGAAGAUGCCCACCCAGUACAUCUACGAGCCCUGGAUAGCGCCACGCAGUGUACAAGAGAAAGCUGGAUGCCUCGUGGGAACAGACUACCCAAGACCAAUCGUUGUUCACAGCGACGUCAUGAAGAGAAACAUGGCCAGAAUGAAACAAGCGAGGGCGACAAAAUACGGGGACAAGAGUAAUGCUGACACAACGAAAGAGGCGAUGACAGAUAAAAAGAAAGAGGGAAGCAAAAAGAGAAAGACCAAAGACACAGACAAGACAUCCACUUCCAAGAAGUCCAAGACGUUGACAGAUUUCUACUAGACGCAGUCAGGGAAAGAGAAAUGGCCUGCUUUACUGUGGCAUCUGAGCGAUCACUCGGGCAUGUUGAAAAUGCUCUAUGGGCAUCGCCUUACCUUAUAUGCUUGUGUGACUUCAUUUUUCUGUACACGUGUGUAUUGUAUUGCUUUAUGCCAUAUCCACAGCAGGAUAAGCUCAACGUUCUGAGGUCUCCUUUUUUAUGAACUUUUCCUAUAAAUUGACUUGUUUUAAGGCACUGGAUAUUGGUAAUUGCUCCAAAUAUGUGUAAGCAUACAAACUUACUUGUUAGCGAUCAAUGGAGAGAUGUUGGUAGUAAAAAACAUUUUGAGUAACGGCCAUCUCUGAAGUGAGAAAGUGACGUCGUUUUCAAGAAAGAAGUUAUUCCUCUAAAAUAUUUGAAUUUGAUUUCGAGACCUCAGAAUUUAAUUUUGAGA